AUGGCGGCACGCUCCUGCGCUGCUGUGUGUCCCUGGCUUCUCGUGAUGCUUCUAUUCACAGCACACGCUAUGCGGCCCGUUGCCGCUGGUCGCCCCCUUGCUUCGGAUAGCUUGUUGCUGGCAGCGGCCAGAAACAACAUGAUCCCUGCCGGGCUCAACUUGGACAAGCUGUUUGGCAGGACGCCGCAGCUGGACGCGGACGCAGCGUCGCGGCGGGAGCUGCUAGGGAAGCCCGAGUCGGAGCUGCACCACUUCGUGGCGGAUCCUCUGCCGCCGGAAUAA